AUGAAACCCUCUGAGGUUUUAGUGUCAAGACCCCACUAUGACAGAGCAGUGGCUCAGGGAGUCCCGGUGAGAGACCCUCAUGUAGAGCCGGAUGUCCCGCAGCCGUCCUCGGGUUCAGCCACAGCGGGGUACAGGUCCACUAAAUACUAUCCGGCUGAAUGGUUCUCAAACUACCGCACCGUGCUUCAGCAGGCCGGUACCAACCACCACGAAGCCCAGAGCAUCCAGAGUCCAGAGUCCAAAACUCUGCACCAGGACACUGAGGCUGCCACUUUGAAGACCCAGGCCGUGGGAACACGUCUUCUGGGAGAGAGACUACAAGAGACCCACUACUGGAAGUCUGAGCUGAAGCGGCACGUCGACAAGUGUUGGCUGCUGGCCGACACAGAGUCACUGCUGGCGCUGAAAACGAGGCUGGAGAAGGCGCUGGACGCCACCGAGACUCCGUUUGCCAUCGCCACCGAUAAUCUCAACUGCAGGGCCAGGAGACCUGGAGCAGACCUAGUCCGAGACACUGUGGAGGAGGAGCUGGUGAAGGAAGUGGACUUGAUCAGGAGCAUCCAGGCUCUUCUGAAGAGAACUAGAGCUCAGGUUGUCACUCAGUUCAAGAUGAACAGAGAGGCCAAGCAGACGUUGGAGUUAGACUGGUCUGAUAAGUACCAGGCCUACAACUUUGAUGACCACAGUGGAAGAUACAGUAACAUGAGCCCAGAUAUGCAGCACCACCCAAGCUCAGCCACCCUGCAGGACCCUUGA